GACGUGAACGAUGAUGAACUGGAGAACGUGAUUGCAAGCAUGACUUCCAUGAAACAGAUGGAAGAACUCACCUCAAGACUUGGGAUAAAAAACGACAAAGAGCAAUCACAUAUUCUUCAUCUCACAGAAUGGAGAAAUAGAUGUAAAAUGGACGAACGCCGUAAAACGCUGAGAGAAGCACUCAAUGCUAUAGAAUUAUCAGGAAGCAUUCUUGACCGACUUCCUGCAGAACAUGUUUACCAAGCUGAGCUGGUACAUUUGGCAUGGAAAAUAUUUUAUAUCGAUGUUUGGCCAUUGACAACGCUUCUUGACAUGGACACGAAUAACGAGAAAUCAUUUGGGGAACAACAAACCAAAGGAACUGUACAUCUUCUGAUACAACUAUUGGAGAAGUCGAAGGGUCUUGAUAAGCAUCGCCGCCGUGAUUUCUGUGUUGCCAUUAGAAAUCUUGGUUACUUGGAUGUUGCUCGAUCAGGCUAUUUUGGUUAUGACGCAAGCCUCAGCGAACUUUGCAACAUGACGUCGGGAUUGUCGGAAGCAGAACUUGUAAAAUUUGUCGACCAUCUUGGAUUGAAGAAAGAUGUUCUUUCACUCUGUCAAGGCACAACAGAAGCAUACGACAACCUCAAACUUAUGAAGAUCUUGAGAAACCAGCUUAGAAUGAAACCACUUCACUUCAGAUUCGAGCUAGCUUUGGGUCUUCGUGCUGUUGGAAGAACCAAGAUUGCCUGUGGGAUUCUCGCAGGUGGGUACCACACUACGGAAGUCGGUUCCAGGGUUGUAGAAAGCAUUUGCAGUAGUCUAGAGGAUGACCAGCUGAAAAUGCUCUGUAAACACCUUACCUUGAAGGAUCAGAAUGACCAGAGUCCUACAACGGAUACAGCAACACUUGUGACGGAGUGGGUAAGAAACUGGUUGGAAGAAUUUGACAAAUUUUCAGUGAUGAAAAUAAUCAUGGACAAGAUUGACCUCAGGAGAAAGAAGAUUGACAACCUGUUUAGUGCCGGAUUUGUCAUACUUGCUGAGGAAGUCAUGCUACUCGAGAUGUCCAGAAUUCUGUAUGGCAAAUCAGCCGAUAAGACAUGUGAGGAGACACCAAGCAAGGAUGAUUUUGAUGUCGAACCGGAAAAUAAGGAACAUCAGUUGGCAUUUAUGGAGCAAGAAUCUGAUAUCAAGCAAGCCAAUGAGAAGCGUCUGGAACACGCUAGCGCGCAAGAAUCUGAUAUCAAGCCAGCCAAUGAGAAUCGUUUGGAAAACGCUGGCGAGCAAUAAUCUGAAAGCAAGACAGCCAAUGAGAAGUGUCUGGAUAACGCUAGCGACCAGGG